AUCCCCCAUUCGUUUGUUUCCAUCAUGACGCCGGCUAUUUCUUGGUCAGCAAACCCGGGCGGAGCAGAGGACACACGGGCACCGGAUGUCCGGGCUUUUAAAUCGAACGAACCCAGUGCGCCUCUGUCAGUCGUGGUACGGCGUGUGUGGACUCACAUAACAUCGAGUCUCUUUACAGGUGGAGCUGCACUGAGGUCACUUAAUCCAGCAUUUUCAUUGUGUUACAAAGGAGACUGUGGUGCAGUAGUGUACUCGAAGAACAGACAUGGUGUUUUUGACGUUGUCUUGUUGGAUCAGAAGUCGUGGACCUGACAGAUACUGGAAAGUUCAAGAAGUUCUCAAACAUGCACGGCACUUCAGAGGCAGAAAGAACCGGUGCUACAGUCUGGCUGUGCGGGCGGUCAGGAGAGCUUUCGUCUACGCCACUAAAUCUCGGAGGCUCAAGAAACGCAACAUGAGAACGCUCUGGAUCUCACGCAUUGCAGCAGCCUCACGAGAGCACGGCAUGAAGUAUCCCGCCCUUAUGCACAACCUCACCAAGAGCAGCGUUCAGCUAAACCGACGCGUUAUCAGCGACCUGGCCGUCACGGAGCCUCGGUCAUUCCUCUCGCUCGCAAAGCUGGCACAGACUCGCCAACAGGAAGGCUUCCGGGCGGCGUUGGGUGAAGGCAAAGAGCCUCCUGGUGUCUUCUCCCGUGUCGUUUUGCUACAGUAAAGGACUCGAUACAGAUUUCCAGUUGUUAUGUAGUUUAAAGAACAGUGGUCUUGGAUUGUGGAGAUGUUCAUGAAACACACUCACCUCCUUGCUUUACAGUUGUCACUUAAUCUCAGUAUUUUUCAUAUCAAGAUAAAGGUAGUUAAAUAAUUUACUUAAUUUUUGUGACACUUAAUUGAUCACUAUACCGGGGUUGCCUCAUGCUUAACGACCUGUCUUGACAACAGAGUCUGGUCACCAUAUGUAACGUGGGUUGCUUGGUGAAAAAGUGUCGACUCAUGGCGAGGAAUUAACUGGACUGCUGGACCUAAACAAUUGGACAUGGGUGUAUAAUGGAGUCUCACGUGGGUUAUCCCCACGCUGGUUUUUGGUCUUGUUAGGGGGAAUUUAAACAGAGAUACCAACAGAGCAAUGUCCCUGAAGUAGAAAGGGAGGUAAUAUUUUGCUCAAGGACACUCCAGCAGGACAGAUGAUUUGUGUUGCAGUGCCUUGAUCCCUAUGCUACCCUGCCUGCACCCAUGCUGCGAUUGGAUUGUCCAAAAGCUGUGCAUCUAUGAAAAGAGAUUUGACAAAUCUAUAUGACUUUUCCUACCAUUAAGGCAAUAGGCAACUCUUAAAUACUGUUGUGGGUUAUUUUCAGGUGAACCAUUUCAAGUAAAGAAUAUUUCUGCUCUCUUAAGUCAUCACAUGGACAUAAUCACAAUCCAAGAUGGCGGCGACAUUAAACAGCAUACCAAUUGGUAGUCCAGACAGACCUGCUCCUGCUCCAUUCACUGCUUUCAAUCCAACAUCAAUAUCACGAGGGCCAGAGAUUCCCGGCUGCAGUGUUACCAACAAAAUACUCCACCACAGCCCUGCUGAUUACCUCCACUACUGUGAUGGAGGAUCAGUUUCCACAAACCUCCCUGCGUACAUCAUAUGCAGCUUUUGUUAAGUUAUGAUUUGAUGCUGUUUGAUUGUGACUUUUUUUUUUUUUUUUUUGGAGGUUGGGAAGAAGAGUGACCUCUAGCUUUGUCAUGUAAUGACUUUUGUCUCUGUGUAAAUAUGUUUUACCAUUUGUUGGGGUGAGGUUGUCCUCUGAAUGUUUAGUUCAUUAAACAUUUUGAUAUAUA